AUGAGCGGAGGGCACCGAUUUAAUAAGAAGUUUAACUCGCUAGAUAAACGAGGACUUGGUGGGCCAGUUCAUCCUGUAAAUCACUUGAGAAGUGGAAAUAGUAAGCAUGGGUCCGUGAGUCCUCCAACUGGGUCUAGGUUCUCCGUCAGGAAUCAAUUGAAGGAUGUAUUUGGUGAUCUGGUGGAUAAUUCAAGGAAUCUCAGAAAGAGCCUCGAGAGUAAAUUGCAUGAUCCAGUGGUUGAAUCGGAUGAUUCUGAUACUGGUGGUAAGGAUGAGGAAAAUAUUAUACGGAUUAAAACAUUAUCCGGCAAAGACGUUUUCAUUUUCAACGGAGAUAUAGACGAAAACCUGGGCGAGAUGCUAGUGGUCCGAUCAAUGCUGAUUAAUGGAGACCUGGUGCAACAGGCUAGACCGGGGGAGUUGACGUUUAGAAUUUCCAUCAACGAUGACUUCUUACUUUUCACUCAAAAACAGAGGAUAAUAGCAGCAAUAUCAAGGAAUCUUGAAUUCAAGAGCAUAAAUUUUAGCAUAAACAAAAGAGCCAUACUAAUUGAGUUAAAUAAUUCGGGUUACAUUUAUUUGAAAUACACCGAGGAUGAUAGUAAUAUUCUUUCGUACUUCUUGAAGAAUAAGCAAUGGAACGUUAACACGCCUACAAGGGUUGUGAAUGACUUACUACUUGAAAAAAUCAGAAUAAUAAAACAAAAGAGAACAGAGCAUUUGAACAAAACUUCAUUGUCCAAGAAUACACAAGAAACAGCAACUCACCUACCAGUAAUAUCACCCGAUGUUAUGUAUGGAAGAACAAGAUCCUCCAAUCGUAUCAGUGGGUACUCAUCACCUAUCACAAACGCAAAUAGUUCAGCUACAAAAUCACGUAACAUAUACGAUGAAGAUUUAGUCAAGCCUAAUAUGGUCCCACAUCUCUUUGAGGUCGAGCUCAAGUAUGUUUUUUCAGAUAAUAAAGUCUUCACUAUAACUUAUUCAGAUUUUAAAACAUUAUAUGAUAACGAUUGGAUCAACGACUCCUUGAUAGAUUUUUUUAUCAAGUAUGAAAUGGACAAGGCGAUUCAUCAAAAGCAUCUAUUCAAACAAUCGGAUAUAUAUGCAUUUAAUUCAUUUUUCUUCACCAAAUUAAUGUCUGGUGAUGAAUUUAAUGAUGAAAUAGAUUAUUACGGUAAUAUCAAGAGAUGGCUUAAUAAACUAGAUCUCAUGAGUUACCCUAAUAUUAUAAUACCAAUUAAUGAAAACUUGCACUGGUAUUGUUGUGUAAUAAAAGGACUACCACAAUUAUUAGAAUCUGCAUUAAAAAAAAAAGAGGCAUUGACAUCUUCGAAUGGUUAUGAAGACAUACAUGAAGCAGAAUAUGAUGAUAGUGCUGAUAUUGACAAUUCUGAAUCUACUGUAACAUCGGCUGUUCUGACAUCUGAAGCUACUACAAAGGUCAGAAAGAUUUAUCAACCGGAGAUAUUUAUUUUUGAUUCUAUGCGCCAGAAGCAUACCAAUAUUCAUUUUCCAUUGAAGAAGUUCAUUAUCGACUACUGUAAAGAAAAAUAUGAUGUCGAUAUUGGAAGAAAUGAGAUACGAGUACAUUCUGCAAAGGUUCCGAAACAAAAUAACUUUAAUGACUGCGGGAUACAUGUUAUUUAUAACGUUAGAAAGUGGCUUAACAAUUCUCAGGAAUGUGAAAGAAUUUGGAGGAGCUCUAAUCUGAGAACUGCCUCUCGGUUACUUUUCAUUGCAGAGGAAAGAAAUGGUAUGCGUAGAGAAUUGAGGAAUAUAUUAUUGAACUUGAAGAAGAAACAAAAAAGCGAACAAAAUGAUGCAUCUGAUGAUAGAAAUCCUCCUCACGCAGACGAUGAUAUAGAAGUCUUAGAAUACACUCCUGUUAUAAGCAACAGAUCUACCAAACUGCCCAAAUUAGAUGAAGAAGAGUUGAAUGCCACUCCCGAGCUAAGUGAAGUUCAAGAAACUCGAACCUUGGAUCCAAAAGCUAGAGACACCUCUAUUCGUGAUAACCAAACAGAUGAGCCGAAUAUAGCUUCAAGAGAUUUUACAGCAAAAAAACAGACACGGGUAGAAAAUGAAAUGUUGAGAGACUCACUUUCUGGCGUUCAUUUAUCUAUCACCCUCAAGGAGGUCCUCAAUGAUUACUUCUCGAAGUAUGAAAACAUUUCUGAUUUACAAUUAGAGAGGGUACUUCAAUUAAGAGACGAGAUCAAUGAAUUGGAUGAUCUGAAAGAUUACGCUUUAAUUAAGAAAUUCAUCACUACUUUUAUCAAAGAGUCUAAUGAUAUCAGGAAUAACGAAUAUGAAAAGGCCAUGCGACCCAAAGAUGAAGACCUUGUGAUUAUGCAUUGUAGUGAUAACGAGGAAUUGAAUCAGAGUGUCAAUGGGUUAUCUUUAUCCAAUGCUUCUGAUGGUAGUAAACAUAAUGAAACACCCAGCAGUAAAAGCAGGUGUGGUUCAAUUACAGCCAUGCAAAGAAACGAACUACCUACCGACUCUAAUGAACUCGUAAAGAGAAAUAGGGACUCAGUAGAGAUAUUAUCUCCUUCCGAAUUUAACAAGGAAACGAAGAUUACAAAUCCUAAUCUUCAUAAAAAUGAAGAUGUUGCAUUAUACAAGGGUUAUAGCAAAAGCGGAAGUAAUGAAGAAAAGCUAUCAAAAGUUCAAGGGACCCACACGCCAAAUCCAGAACAGGCUACAUAUAGUAUGGGUUCACCAAGUACACCAAUGUCUGAAACACUAUUGUUCGAUAAUAGUUCCACAUUGAAAAGACGUAAACUCGACAAGGAAAAGCAUAAGUAG